GGAAGACUUUUUUAGUCUUAAUAAUUAUGACGUAUUGAACAGCUCCUAAUUAUUUGGAUUAUAGCUAGCUCUUUGUCAGAGUUAGAACCUAUACGGCUGACACAGUAACAAUAAUUACCUCGUCUGUUAAAAAGUCAAAAUUAAUUUAUUAUUCUGCAAAGAAGGAUUAUGACUAAUUCUGGUUCUGCAAAUUGUUAUGAAGCAAAAUGGCACAGAAGUUAGUAAGAGAACAUAACCAAACAGUUUUAGAGAACUUAGAUGAAGGGGACUUAAUUGAGUUUCCAAGGGGACGUGUUUACUCACACUGGGGAGUUUAUAUGGGUAAUGAAGAAAUAAUACAUUUAGCAGGUGAUGAAAAUGAUGGCAUUAAUGGAAAUUUUGAUUCUGGUCACCUGUUUACUAUUUGUGGUAGACGUUUCAACAAAGCUAAUGUGAAAAUUGAUAACUUUUGGGAUGUAGUGGGCACCAGUAAGGCCAAAAAGAAUAAUGACAAAGAUAAAAAAUGCAAAGCAUUCCCACCAAAUGAAAUAAUAGAAAGAGGAAAGUCAAGGAUAGGAUCAAUACCUUAUAAUGUAUUGUGGUGUAACUGUGAACACUUUGCUGCUUGGUGUAGAAAUGGAGAAAACUGGUCUCAACAGGCUGAUAGUUUCUUGCAAAGGGUAAUGGGCAUUGGUGCAGCUGUUGUGGUUGGUGGACUGGCUUAUACUGGAUAUUCUGAAUCAAAGAAGAAGAAGAAAGAGGAGACACAACAGCCUUUAUAGAUCCAAGACAAUAUGCAUCAUUUACUGAAAACCAAUUUAUUUUUGUGAAUACUUUGUUUCGUGUUUAUACCUUUCUAGGCCAUUUUUCAGCGAUUUAUUUUAAAUAAUCGAUUCUCACAUUUACUUGAUGUACAGUAUUUAAGUAACGAAAAAUCAAAGUUUCAUAUUUUUGCAAAAUUUUAUUAGCGAUAUUUUUGAUUCCCGAAAAUAAUUUGCUCGUGAAAAUAAGUUGGUUUAGAGUAUUUUAUUUAGAUUGAUUAAUUUUAUUAUUGUUUAAAUAUAAGAUUUGUUGAAAGAUGUCUGCGAACUGGCAAUGUUUUUUUUUUUGGUACCUUGUAUUUUUUUUAUUUUUUGGGGCUAUCAUUUCAUUGGCAUUGAAAAUUACCAUAUAUUUUAUUCAAAAUGUUCAUGUUUAAAUUUUUAAAGUCUGUAUCUCAUUCUUCACUUAUACCUGUAUAUGUUACAUAUCUUCAUAAUGAAUUUGAUCUUCAUAUAAAAUUAAGAAUGGAAAUGGGGAAUGUAUCAAAGAGACAACAACCCGACCAUAGAAAAAACAACAGCAGAAGGUCACCAACAGGUCUUCAAUGUAACGAGAAAUUCCCGCACCUGGAGGCGUCACUCAGCUGGCCCCUAAACAAAUAUAUACUAGUACAGUGAUAAGGAACGCCAUACUAAUUUAAUAUGCACAUUUUAUGAAAUAGUAAAACAAGCAAUAGUUAAUCUCUAUUUUUGCAUUAAUUAGACUGUAAGAAAUUUUCAUAUAGAAUAUUUAUGUAAGGCAGAUGAUGUAAGGCGCUAAAUGGAAAUUGUUCCAAUUGAGAUAGUUUUCCCAUUUUUCAAUUACUGACAAAUUUUAUCCCCAAUCAAGGCCGAAUGACGUAGUAUAAUGUCAGCAAAAACAUUAUUCUUUGACAGAAAGCAGUGACAGAUCCAGGAGGGAGAUGGGUUUCCAGGUAUUGGAACCCCAUUAAUACUUUCGAAUGGGGACAUAUGUUUGAACACACACCCAUUCAUUCUGGGUUUGGAACCCCCCUUUUAAAAAUGACUGGGACUAGCUGCCACUGGAAAGAUUACAAUUACAAUCAUGUGUUUUGUACAUGUACAUGAAGCCUAACUUUAAGGUAUACGUUUUGAAAGGAAAUAACUAAGUUUUUCCUGAUAUCCAAAAUGGGUUUUCAGCUAUUAAAAAACAAACAUUUAGUUGAAGAUGACAUUUUUUUAAUACUAAUUUUUCAGUAAUCAAUUAACACAUAAACAUAUUUUCCAAAAUGAUGCAUUAGUUUUAAAACCAAAUUGAUCAUUGAAACUUGAAACUUAAUAGGUUUUAAUACUUUUGACCUGAUAUUUGUUUAUUUGCAUUUUCACUUUUCACUUUUGAAUAUUAUGAUUCUUAAUGAUGUAAGGUGAAUGAAACAAAGUUGUUUGCAGAAGGUUAUUUAUUAUUAUUAAUAUGUUAAUUUUUCAGGGCAUCUUUAUGUUUUUCAUUGAAACUGUUUAAGUAUUCAAGAAUUGUACACACUUUAUUUAUUUAUGCUGUUAUAUUAAUUUUAUUUUUAAAACUUUAUGGUAAAUAUUUAUAUAUACAUGCCUAUCUGUGAUUAUAAUAGGAAUGAAUUUCAUUAAACACCUCAUCUGUGUGUUAUUUUGAAAUCUUAUUUUAAAUGUAUAAUGCUAUUUUGCUUUAAAGAUCUGACAUUUUAAACAAUUUUUUUGACAUAUUACAAUAUGAACAUAUUAUAUUUAUACCAAAGACCAAAAUUCAUUCUGCAUAGCAAUGGUUUAUAAGUGUUUGAAUAAUCUACUAGCACCUGCAUAUUUAUAUAACUUUUUUCAAGUUGUUCAGUUGUUAAGGGAGCUCGCUUCUCAGUUUCAAAGUAAUUAACUUUUCAAAACACUAGUUUAUAUUGAUAAGGAAUUAAUAAAGGAAUCCAAAAAGUAAAAAAAAUAUAUAGGUCACCAUGCUUGUUUUCGAGAUAUGAGCUAUUGAAAUUUUGGCGGGAAAAUAUUCUCUCUUGACUUUUCAUAGGUUUUUCAUUGUCAAGUUAAAGUUCUCAAAAACUCUAAAAAGUAAUUAGAAUUUUAUAAGACUUUUACAUAUGGCUUCUUCUUUAUACAUGUUAAAGAAUUUUAAAAAGAAAAAUGGGGGUCACCGGGCAAAUUUUUUAAGGCAUUUAAAUGGAUAAAACCAGAGGAUUCCGAAAAUCUGACAAAAAAUCCAAAACAUGACAAGCCAGCUUCCUUAAUAAACAUGUAUUAAGAUCAUCAACGCAACAUAAUAUACUUGUUCAAUGAUGUGAAACUAAUAAUGGUAAAGAAAAAUUCAUGUAUUCUGGAACAUUUUUGUGGAAUUCUCACUUUGAAGGAUAGUAAAAGUAUAAAUGAUUUUAAAGCAAAAUGUCAAUCUUAUCUCUUAAAAUACAAGGAGAACAAUUUUUUCUAUAAAUAUACUUUUAUUUAAGUGAAAGGUAAUUCUUAACCUGUGAUAUAUAUAUACUGUAAAAGCAAUAAGUUUAUUACGUUUAUUUUGACGAAAGGAUAUCUACGAAAUUAAAAAACCCAUGCAAAUUUAACCUACAUAUUAAAUCACUUUCAUUUAAUGCAAACCAUGGAAUUAAAUUCCUAUGAUUAAUUUUAUAUAGAAACAAAACCACGAAGUUUGAACCCCAUAAACAUUAUUGUUUCUACAGUAUGUGCAGUGUAGUAUAUUUUUGCUAUACUGCCCUUAUGUUUAUGUAUUAUUAUCUUUUAAAAAUUGUGUAUUGUACAUGUAGACUGGAAGGCCACGAGAUGGAUUAACUGUUUUGUUAAUUUUUGUUAAUUGUGUUACCUUCUGAAAAUAAAGAAUCUAUUAUUA